ACUUACGAUUAUGUUCUUGAAGCAUUGGCAGGAUUGGCCAUGACGGGUCCAAAUCGUAGAACGAAUUUGGCAAAGGAACUCGAACUUACUCCUCUCAUCCAUAAAGAUGAAGCUGAAGUAAGCGAAGAUACUCUGCAUAAAUGGGACGAGGUUAUUCGAGGGCUUGCGUACAAGAAAAGAACAUUUGGAUGCAAUUAUGUUACUUUUGAUGGCAUGAACGAGGUCUUGUGCUUCAUCAAGUAA